AUGGCAGAAUCCGCGGACACUCCGUCUGCCGAGACAGUGAAAGCCCCGACCGAGGCGAAUGGGGUUGCAUCUCAAACCCCGGCAACUAUGGAAGGGUCGUUGGAUCAAAGCAAUUCAGUGCCAGAGGCCGGCCCCGAUACCUCAGCAUCAUCCAGCGAAAGCAAACUCGAAACCGUGGAGCCAACGACCAAUUUAGACCAACCAGAUAUUGCCAGCGCCCAUGAUAGACCCAAAGAAGCCACGACAACGAACCCCAUUGAGCCUACAAUAGAAUCCACGCUUCCCGAGAUGGACUCUACCAUCCAAGCAAUGCACACCUCUCAAUCGCUACUGGAUGCCAACUUGACCUCGUUCGAUUCAGCCCUGCCAUCCAUUGGUUCCUCGGCCGCGCCAGACCACUCACUUCCGGCGAUCGAUACGACCUUGCCUUCAUUCGAUUCUUCGCUGCCUGCGAUUGGCACGGACAUCCCGACAAUGGACGACCACCAUACCUUCGAUGAUAGCCAUUUUGACGCGCAUGAUUCUCAGACCGGGUCUGCUGAACCGCACAACGGUCACUCUCUGAAUGGCUCUACUCAUUACGAUGCGCCGUCCAACGGGGACUUUCAUUAUGCGCAAUCUGACGGGCAACAGCCACCUACCCAAGCCCAAUCUCAACAUCAGUUCCAAGCUACCCCUCAACCUCAACCUCCGCAAAACUAUCAACCGCAGAAUCAGGAUAUGUAUCACAACCCAGGCUUCUCGACGGUAAAUGCAAAUACCAACAAUGGCCAGGGGCAACCUGGGCAAAUACCACAAGCCCCAAUUGGAUCGCCCAUGCCUCCGAUGUCUUCGGUGAGCCAGUAUAUGGCUGGGUAUCCGUCGCAAUCGGGGAUAGAUUCGAAUGGUAUGCGCUAUCCGUUACCAGGGGACCCGAACAAAAUGUUGUCCAGUGCAAGGCAUAAGAAAGAAGUGAAGCGGCGUACAAAAACCGGAUGUUUGACUUGUCAAAAAAGACGAAUUAAGUGUGACGAAGGCCAUCCAGUCUGCAGAAAUUGUGUCAAGAGCAAACGCGACUGCUUAGGGUAUGACCCUGUUUUCCGUCCCUCAGCAUCCACACCUUCCGCUAUUCAACCUGCUCCAAAUAAUCCUCCGCCUUCCCUUGUUGUUAAUCCUCAAGGACCCCUUCCACCAGCUGCGCCCUCAUAUCCUUCUGCCCCUCCUGGGUACAUGCCAGCUUCCUCACAACCCUUUGCGCCUUCUCUUCAUUCCGAGUCUCCGGGCGCUUCCACCGAUCAAUUCGAUCCUGCGUCGUCGGUCGAUCGUUCAGUGGGCCCAAACAGCACUCAAGCUUCGAUCAAUAUGCAAGCACCCACAGAUCCAUUGCAACAAGGCUCUGAGCAGCCCUACAAAGGUAUUAGGCAUUGCUCCCCUGCUCCCCAUCCCAUCGGAGCUUUACCCAACGGCCGUCUCGAAGAAAUACAAGCUGUUUUCCUUGCGACCUACGCUCCUGCGAUUGACAAGCUUUUGGAAGUACGAUGGUAUUCCGAGAAAGCUCUGCACGUCCUGAUGGCAGACGAGCAGCUUAUGGCAGACUAUUCGGCUUUGAUUCAAGCAUUCAAUGACUGGAAUCUUCAAGAUGGAAAUACUCUGGCCCGAUUGGAAAGUUUCGAAGCAUCUAUUAUCUGGCGAAGCAUGGCGUUAUGUCGACAAGCACAAAAUGCAGAAACUGGGCAAGCAGGGUCGGAUUGGAAUCUCCUCGUCACAUGUGCCCGCCUGAACGCAAUUGAAGCUCUCCUGACUUGGAACCACCUGGAACAAAACUCCUUGUCACGACCUCUUGGAAUGGAUGCCGCUUCUCCACCGACCCCACCUGAUCAAUUCAUGCAACGACAGCUGGAUUUCUGGAGCGAAAUCGGCCAAUUUCUCACUCUUCAUGACAAUGAAGCUAGCUCGGCCAAGGAAAUUGAUGAUACACUGGGACGGUCUCGCACAUUGCUGGAUACGUACGAGAACCGGGAUAUCAUUUACUCCAUGGCUAUUGCGCGCCACCUCGGCCAGAGACGUACCGACUUUCCUAAUAAUCUGCCCAAGAUUGGGUACACCAACGAGAAGGAAGCGGGGACGAAGCUUCUGGUUGCUCACAAGUUCAUCGAGGAAGAAGCUGCAGGCAAGGGAACGACCCAAAUCUACAAGCGGAUUUGCUGCAUGGCUGUUCGCUCGUGGUGGAUUGCUCGCGAAUAA